AUGGUCCGACCGUCCGAGAUCCGCACUUUAACAAAUCGCCGACUCAAAGCGCACAGUCUUCCAUCCACCGCUCGGCGCUCCGCCCAGCUCCACUUUGUCACGGUCCGCUCCAUCGCCAUCUCCAUCACCACCACCACGCCUAAGCGGCUUCCUUUUCCACCGGUCUACGCGCACGCUCAUUCCGCUUCGACCAGUACACCCACCGUCCAAGAGUACACACUGCCCAUAGACGGCUCCACGCCGCGCAUGGCCGACCCUAAUCCUGUGCCCGAUGCACAGGAGAUACAGCGGCUUACCCUUGCCGCAGCCGAAGCGGCCGAUGCACAAAAGGCUGCCGAAGAGCAACCUACGGAUGUUGCCAUGCCAGACCUGACUGCGGCCGCAGAGGCUAGCAAGGACCAAGCCGCAGACGCAACAGCCACACUGCAGGUCCACCUCCCGCCCCAGGUGUCCGCUGAUCAACUCACCCUGGCACUCACCUCGCUCAGCAACGCAGAAUCCCGACCAGCUGUCACGCUCGAACGCCUGCAGUCUCCCGACGCCGAGCUCGUGCUCCAUCUCUACGAUGUCGCUCUUCAGGCUUUUGGCAUGAAGCAGCAGCUCACAACACUCGAGCAGGCGCGUCAGCAGACGGAAGCGACACUCUCGUCCCUCCGCGACCGCAAUACCGAGCUCGAACAGGAGCUGGACACCGUUCGUAAAGCAGGCACCGAGUCCACCAACCUCACAACCAGCUUGCAGACCGAGAUCAACAGCCUUCAGAGUCGACUCGGCUCCGUCCAGACCGAAGUCGACAACGAGAAGCGCGAGAGCACCGCCGCAAAAGAGCGCAGUGCCGAGCUGGCCACCGAGCUCACCGCAGCGCAGGCUCAGUCCGCAGCACUCAAGACCGAUCUCGAGAACGAACGACGCGCCAAAGAGCUCGUCGCCAGCGAACGAGACCGCCUCUCUGCAGAGCUCGUCGGCGUCACCGCGCAACUCACCACCCUCAAGAGCUCCACCGAGUCCGGCGUCCGACACGCCGCCGAAGUACGCGGCAGACUUGACCAGGUCGAGCAGGAAAAGCGCGACCUUCUCGCCAGUCUCCAGCGCGAGCGCGAAGAGAGCACCCGCAAGGCCGAAGAGAUCGAUGCCCUCCUCACCCGCAACCGCGAUGCGCGCCAGGAGAUCUCGCGCCUUUCAACCGCCGUCCAAGAGUCCCGCAGCCAGGAGAACAUCGCUACAUUCAAGCUGCAAAGUCUAGAGCAAGAGAUCCAGCUUACAAAGAAGAACAGCGACUGGGCUCACGACCAGCUCGCUCAACUCAACGAUGCCUCCGCCGCCUUCCGUGCCACCAAGCGCGCUGAGCUCACCCGCGUUCAGGCCGAUCUGGAUGCCGCCCGUCAAGAAGCAACUCUGGCCCGCUCCAAGGUGGAUUCGCUUCAGACCGCCUACACUGAAACCAGCAGCAAGCUUACCGAGGCGUCCGAGAAGCUCGCCGAGCUUCAAAGUCGCCUCGCGUCGCAGGAGGACUCCUUCCGCACCGAGGUCAGCAACCAGAGCCAACUCGUCAAGCUGCUCGAAAGGCGGGCCGAACACGCAGCCGAGCGCAUCAAGGAGCUCGAAGAGCAAUGGGAAGACGUCCUCGAGCAGUGCCGCGCCCGAGAAGAGGCCGCCUGGGCAGAGACCCAGAACGAGGCCCAACUGCGCGAGGCUCUCGAGAAGGAGAACCGCGAGCUGUCGGAGGCCCUCGACCGUCUCGCAGAAGGUGUCGGCAUCGGCCAGCAGCGCGAAAACGGCGAGAACCUGCUCGACCAGACCUUCGACGGAGCCAGCGAUGCCGGCCUUGACUUUGAUGCGCGCAGCACCGCAUCCACGCCGCGUCGCUCUGCGCUCAUGGGCACCGCUGCCUCCUUCAACAACAGCUUCGGCAUCUCGCCCACCGCCGAGAUCGCCAACCGCAUCCGCAAGUCCGGCAAGUCCUUCAGCCAGAUCUACAUGGAGCUCGCCAAGACGCACGAAGAGCUCCGUCGCGAGAAGCUCGAGACCAACCGCCUCACGGCUGUGCUCGCACAGGUCAUGGACGAGCUCCAAGAGCGGGCUCCGGAACUGCAGGCGCAGCGCGAGGAGACCGAACGUCUUGCGGCCGAUCUUGAAGAGAUGGUGGCGCAGGUCGCGUCGGCUUCCCAGGAGCGCGACACAGUCCAAGCCGAGGCCAAACGUCUGCGUCUCGACCUGGAGCGCAUCACGCGUGAAAACGGCUUCAUGUCGCAGCAGCUCGCCGACUUUGGUCGCCAGGUGCGCGAACUGACCAAGGCCAUCAUCUUGCGUGACGACCCGCAGGCUGCUGCGCGCCUCGAGGACGACGGCAGCCUCUUGGCUGAGCUCGACUCGAUCGCUCCUCUGCCCGAAAGCUUGCCCGAGUCCGAUACCCAGACUGUCAUCACCAACGAGCUCGUCACCUUUGCCUCGCUCACCGAGCUUUGCAGUCAGAACGCCCGCCUGCUGCAAGUCACGCGCCAGCUGGGCGCAAAGAUGGAGGAAGAGGAGAAAAACUACAAAGCGCGACUCGCCGAGGACCAGGACGAAGCCGUCAACGAGGCUCGCGACCUCAUCGUCCGACUGGAAGACGAGGUCCGCCAGGAGCAGUUCAGGGUGGAAGAGGUCAGCAAGGAACGCGACCUUUUCCGACAGCUCUGCGCCACUGGCGGUCGCAGCGCUGCAAACAACGCCGCCGACGACAAGGGCUCGGCGGGCGUCGCGAGUGCCGCUCCCGUCGCUGGCUCGGGCCUCGCCCUCGCCGAGUACGAGGCCUUGCGAGCUCGACACGACCGCCUCAAGUCCGACACCGAUGCCGAAAUCGCUCGCUACCGCAAAGAGGUCCAAUCGCUGCAAGCCGAGAUUGGCAAGACCACGGUCUCUUCGGCGCGCGAAGGCGCCUUGCGCCAAGCGGCCGAAGACAAGUUUGCCAACCUGCAGAGGACGUACGAGCUGGCCAAGUCGGACUUGGAGGAGAUCACGAAGCGCGCUGCUCAGCUCCAGCAAAGCCUUGCGAGCAAAGAUGUUGCCGUGCAGACGCUGGAGGAACAGCUGAUUCAAGCGCGGUCCAGCCUCGAGCAUCUCCGCUCGCAAGUCUCGACUCUGCAGGCUGAGAAGGACCUUUGGAAGGCCGCCGAGGCCAAGCUCCUGGAGGAAAGCCGCUCCAUCCAAGCGGAGCGCAACAACCUCCAGCAGCUCGUUCAAACGACGCAAGCAAUGCAGGCCGAGUUGGAGCAACGCGGGCGCGACUCGACCUCCCGCCUGAAGCAGGACGUCAAGAGGCUCGACGAGACCAACGAGGAUCUGCGCAGCCGUCUUGCUGCCGAGCAGGACCUGUACCGCCAGCUCAGCCUGCGUCGCGAGAUCGAGACCAAAGACCUCCAGAGCCGCAUCGAUCUGUCCAGCACCGAGCUCAGCAAUGCGAGGGAGGCGCUGGCCAUCGCGCGAACCAGCGCAGAUCAUACGCAGCUCCGCGUCGAGGACAUCACCCGCCAGCUCGAGGCCACCAAGGAGAAGCUCGCCGUGUACGAGCGCCGCGACCAGCUCUCACGCGACCCUGUCGCAUUCCGCGCCCAGCCGGACGUCGAGCUGUCGAGGGAAGAGCAGCUUGAGAUCGAGCUCGCCGACCUCAAGGCGGGCCGAGCCGCUGCCCAGGUCGAGGUGCGCAAGAGCAAGCUCGAGGUCGAACAGGCGGCGGCGGCUGUCGCCGAGAAGGACGCCGCGCUCACCUCGCUGCGCAGCGAACACGAGCAGCUCAAGGGUAGCUCGACAUCCGAGAUAGCCGCCAAGGUCACCGAAAUCCAGACGCUGCAGCAGCAAGUCGCGGGCACAUCCUCCCAGCUCUCCGAAGCACAGACGCAGCUGCACGAGGUGCAGAAGCAGCUCGAGACCGAGCGAGCCGCGUUCCAGGCCGAGAAGAAGUCGCUCGAAGAUGCCAUCACCGAGCUCGGCAGCGUCGAGGAGCGUGCGCGCGCCGAACAAGAGGACGUCAAGGGCGAGAUCCGCAAGCAUCUGCAGGUGGCCAAGGAGGCGCAGCAGAAGCUCGAGACCGUCUCUCGCAACGUCGACAACGUCACUACCGAACUCGCCGAGGCACGCGAGCAGCUCAACAAGGCACGCCAAGAGGUGGGCUCGCUGCGCAGUUCCAAGGAUCUGGCCGAGGCCGAGUGGGGUCGGGAGAAGGCGAGCUGGGAUGCUGUGCGCCAGGCACUCGAGCGCGAAAAGGCUGACUUACAGCGCAGGAUGGACGACCUCACUGCGCAGAACCAGAUCCUGCACACGCAUCUCGAAACGAUCAACGCACAGGCGAGCCAGAUCCGCGAGGCCGCGGCUGCUCCCCUGCCCACCUUCGACGUCGAUAUGGAGUUGAGCUCGAUGGCUCAAGCAACACAGCCUGCCGGAGAAGCUGCACCCGCCGCAGCCGAGGAAGCCGCUGCAACCACGUCGGACGCUGCCGAGGGCGCGACCACAAGUGAGGCAGCUACGGCUCCUGUCGAGGGUGAAACCGCAAGCGCACCUUCGUCCGAGAGUGAAGCAGCUCAGGCUGUCGCUGUCAAGAAGGAAGACACCAGUGUUUCCGGCACCGAGCUGGCGCACUCGCUCAUGAAGCGACGUGUCGAAGAGCUGCAGGAGCUCGUGCAGCGUCUGCAGCGCGACAAGGAUCUUGUCGGAAUGCAGAUGGAGAUGACCAAGCAGGAAACGUCGCGUCUGCAAAAGACGCUCGAGCACGUCAACAAGACGCUCGCCGAGACGCGCAUCGAGCUCGAUGCCGAGCGCGCCAAGGGCGCCUCGUCGACGGCGAGCGCCACGCAGCACGCCGAGCUGCUCGACAAAAUCAACCAGCUCAACGAGCUGCGCGAGAGCCACAGCACGCUGCAGGAGACGGCUUCUCGUGCCGAAGCUCGCGCCGCACAGCUGGAGGCCGAGCUGCGCAGCGCCACGUCCGAUCUCGAGCCCGUGCGGGCGCAGCUGCGCACGGCACAGAUCGAGCUCGAGGCGUCGCAGGCCGAGGUCAAGGUGCUGCGCGAGGACAGCAAGCGCUGGCAGACGCGAUCGCAGUCGCUGCUCCAGACGCACGGCAUCAGCGAAGAGAUGCAAAAGGUGGAGCAGCAGCGUGCCGAGGCGCAGCAGAAGAUCGACGAGACGCAGGCCAAGCUGCAGGAGAACGAGGCGGCGACCGAGGCGGUCAAGGCAGAGCUGGCGACGGCCAAGUCGAACUUUGACAAGCUGCGCGAGCAGGUGCGUGCGCGCAUCGCGCAGGAACGCAAGUCGGUCGCCGACGCGCAGGAGAAGAUGGCUGCGCUGCAGAAGGAGAAGGACCAGGAUGCGGUCAGGUUCAAAGAAGCCAUUGCGAUGCACGAAGCCAACGUGGUGCAGCUCACGAUCGAAAGGGAUGCGCUCAAGCAGCAGCUCCAAGAGGCGCAGUCGCAGGCGCCGGCUGCCGCUGCUGCUCCGGCCGCCGAGGCCACCGAUGCAUCGGACGCGGCUCAGGCGGUUCCCUUCGAGACUGCGCCCGAUGCAGCCGCUGCAGACGCCGAGGCUGCUGCGGCGGUGGCUCCCGCGAGCCAGCAGGCGGCAAUCGAGGCUGCGGUGGCCGAGGCGCAGCGGCAGUUUGACGAGGUCAAGGCGCAGCUCGAGGCGGAGAAGGAGCAGAUCGCCUCGGUGCGCGACAAGCAUCUGCAGAACGGCCGCGACUUCCUCAAGAAGAUGCGUGCCGCACAGGCCGAGGUGCAGCAGCGCGACGAGGCGAUUGCGGAGCUCAAGAAGGAGUUCGCCGAGAACAACCUCGAGGCCAUCGAGAAGGCCGUGCAGGAGCGGCUGGCUGGCAGCACCGGCGAUGCUGGUGGCAGUGGCGGUGACGCCGACGUGGCGGCUCUGCGCGCGCGCGUGGCGGAGCUCGAGCUGCAACUGCAAGCGGCCGAGACGCGCAUCCACGAGCUGGAAGCGCAGCUGGCGGCGAGUGCCCAAGGCGAGGCCGUGGAGCACCUAAAGGCUGCACACGCCGAAGAGCUGCGUCAGCUGCAGGCGUCGCUCGAAGCCAAGUACGCCGCUUCGUCUAGUGUCGGCGCCAACACCACAGGCGGGGAUGUGGAGGCAGCGGUGCAGGAGCGACUCAAGGUGCUGGAGGACGAGCGGGAGGCGGCGGUGCAGGAAGCGAUCGCCGCCGCCGUCUCGGCGCGCGAGGCCGAGCUCAAGACGCAGCACGACGCCAGCGUCAAGGCGCGCUUCGAGGCGGGCAAGAACGAGGCGAACCUGCGCAACACGCUGCUCAUCAAGCAGAAGGACAACCGCAUCGCCAAGCUCACCGCCGAGAUCGCCGCGCUCAAGGGCGAGGAGCCGGCGACCCCCGCGGGCGGCGCAGCACCGCCUACGGGUCCUGCUUCGGCGUCGACGCUACCGACCAAGCCGGGCGUGUUUGGACGCGGCGGUGCACAGGCUGGCCGUGGCGCUGCGCGCGGUGGCGCGGCAGGCACCGCUACAGCGCGCCCCGUCGCGCGGCCCAUCCCCACUGGCCCGGCCGCCGGGACGCCCACGACCGUCGCCUCGAUCCGCGGCGCGGCGUCGGCAGGCCGGGGCGGCACACGCAUCGCACGCGGCGGCGCCGCCCAGGCCGGCGCCAAACGCAAGCUCUCCGCACAGGGCCUCGCCACCGCACAGCCAGACGCGCAGCAGGGCGGCGCCAAGAAACCGCGCGCCGCAGGCGCCCCCGUCGCCGUGCGCAAACCAGGCCCAGGCAGCACCCAAGGUGGCCAGCAAGGCUAA